AAUGGCUGCGGGCUUGGGCCGGGGGCCCGGGGGCCCAGGGGGGCCCAGCUGGACCCGAGGGCAGCGGCACGGGGGAGCACCGCCCCGGCGACAGCUCCCCGGUCGCUUUGCCCUCUGCUGCGGCAGCCCUGACGGGCUGUCCCUCCCCCAGGAACAAAGUCUUGCGGCUCUCGGGGGUGGGGGGCUGGACGUGCCAGGGGCCCUCAACUGGGAGGUGACCCUGUGUCUGCCGGCCUGCUGGGUGCUGGCCUACUUCUGUGUCUGCAAGGGGGUCAAGUCAACAGGAAAGAUCGUGUACUUUACGGCUACCUUCCCCUGCGUGGUCCUCGUCGUGCUGUUGGUGCGGGGAGUGCUGCUGCCCGGCGCCCUGGACGGCAUCAUCUACUAUCUCAAGCCUGACUGGUCGAAGCUGGGGUCCCCUCAGGUGUGGAUAGAUGCCGGGACCCAGAUUUUCUUUUCUUACGCCAUCGGCCUGGGCGCCCUCACGGCGCUGGGCAGCUACAACCGCUUCAACAACAACUGCUACAAGGACGCCAUCAUCCUGGCCCUCAUCAACAGCGGGACCAGCAUUUUCGCUGGCUUCGUGGUCUUCUCCAUCCUGGGCUUCAUGGCCACAGAGCAGGGCGUGCACAUCUCCAAGGUGGCGGAAUCAGGGCCCGGCCUGGCCUUCAUCGCCUACCCCCGGGCCGUCACGCUGAUGCCUGUGGCCCCCCUCUGGGCUGCCGUGUUUUUCUUCAUGCUGGUGCUGCUCGGCCUGGACAGCCAGGGGCGUGGCCUGAGUGCCCGGCCACGGUUUGUAGGUGUGGAAGGCUUCAUCACCGGCCUGCUCGACCUCCUCCCGGCCUCCUACUACUUCCGUUUCCAAAGGGAGAUCUCCGUGGCCCUCUGCUGCGCCCUCUGCUUUGUCAUCGACCUCUCCAUGGUGACUGAUGGCGGGAUGUACGUCUUCCAGCUGUUUGACUACUACUCGGCCAGCGGCACGACCCUGCUGUGGCAGGCCUUCUGGGAGUGCGUGGUGGUCGCCUGGGUGUACGGAGCCGACCGCUUCAUGGACAACGUCGCCUGCAUGAUCGGGUACCGCCCCUGCCCCUGGAUGAAAUGGUGCUGGUCCUUCUUCACCCCGCUGGUCUGCAUGGGCAUCUUUAUCUUCAACGUGGUGUACUACAAGCCGCUCGUCUACAACAACACCUACGUGUACCCGUGGUGGGGCGAGGUCAUGGGCUGGGGCUUCGCGCUCUCCUCCAUGCUGUGUGUGCCCCUCCACCUCCUGGGCUGCCUCCUCAGGGCCAAGGGGACCGUGGCUGAGGGUACAGAGACACCUGUAAGAACACUCGUGCAGGGAAAGGUGGCUCACUAGAGGAAGGUUGGAAUAGAGGACGUGGAGUCAAGCUGCAGAAUCCAGCACAGAUCUUCCCCAUGGCUACUUGGCACCAAAAACACUCGUCUCGUAAGACGUCACAGUAGCUCACGCUUCCUGUGUUCCAGGCUCUCUCUCAAGUGCUUUGUAUACAUCAACCCGGUAUGUCAGUUUUCCCGCAAGCAUGAUAGCAGCCACGGUCUCCUCCUGCCGUGUUGCCACUGUCCUUCAAAACGUGAGCGCAUGCUCGCUCUCCACGGCUGCAGAGACUCAAAGCCUGUCCAUCUCUGGAUGGUGCUAAUUGCAUCUUUACUCCAUCCGUAAAAUCGUGUGGAUAGCCUGUAAUCCGUGGGCUAAAUUAUUAAGUUCACCUCCACCAAUUUAGCUGGAAUAAAAUAGUAGAGGGAACAUGGGGCAAGGAGGAAAUUAGCUGAUCCAAAUGAAAAGAUGGGCAAAGUGACAAAGAAAUCAAACAGGCCUAAGGGUUACAGUCCUCACUUCUACAUUAGACGUGAGGCUCGCAUUGGCACUUUUUGUUUCUUUUAUCUGCUGUCCUUUCCCUCCCCGUUCCCUUUGCCCUCGGCCAACAUCCCAGCUCAUGAGGAUGGGGUGACCCAAGCCUUCUUUCCCAAGCGGGCUGAGCCCUUGCUGGGCCAUAAGGACUCACUGCCAUCUUCCGCUGAACUUUACCUUCCCACGUAGCGGUACCAGGAGAUGCCCCCGCCCCCCAAAUUCUGUGGGUCUCCGGCACACUUCUCCCCAACCCCAAUGUAGGGCAGCGGCUCUCUCUCCUCUGGAUCACCAGGAUACCUCUCCCCAGCCAAUGCAAUAACCCCUCUGGCUUGUUGGUGCAAGAGCACAAGGAGCCCCAAAUGGCCAGGGAAAUGCUGCAAAGUCAGUUUAGUGCAGCCUUUUUGUGGAGACUGUGACGGUGAAUGAGACUUUGGUAUGUCCAGGGACAGCAUUACCGGCAAAACCAUGUCAGCAGGGAGGGCAGGUACAUAUGUAGACAGACUAUUCCAGGAAGGAAAACUUGUUGCCCCCUGCAUGAGGGAGGGGGUCCGAUGUAGUCAACAUUUCAGCAGAUCGCCUGGGUGAUCUCUCUCAAGAAUGACACCAUAUAUGGGCCUCUGUUUUUGGUAGAUGGGGCAUGGAGCAGUAAUAAUACCCAGAUCAGUCUUGCCGAGGUGAAGGCCAUGUUGUUCAGCCCGUGAAUAACGGCCAUUUCUGUCCCCAUGGCUCCUUUUAUCAUGAGCCCACUGAGUCGGAAUCGGGGCAACGGGGGGAGGGAGUGCCCGGUUGGCUCAGUCGGUUAAGCGGCCAUCUCUUGAUUUCAGCUCGGGUCAUGAUCUCACAGUGCGGCUCGUGGGUCCAAGCUGCACGUCGGGCUCUGUGCUCACUGCAUGGAGUUGGCUUCAGAUCCUCUGUCUCCCUCUUUCUGACCCUCUCCCGCUCGCACACUGUCUCUCAAAAAUAAAUAAGUGUUAAAAAAGAGAACCGGGGUCCCUGGGGAAAGAAGCUGACUGCCAUGCACAGAAGGGGUCGUCUUAUCUACCUGAUUACCAAAAGCCCCCUCUGUACUGGGUACACCUUGGUGAACAUGCACAAGGAAUGAAUGUUUCCUCACGAUGUGGACCCAUUCUUGGAAGUCCAUUCAUAUACCUCUUCCCCGGCCUGCCUUGCUAUCAAUCCUCCAUCAAAUGCUUCCAGGUCUGAAACACAACCCCUGGAAGGGACAGGGCUGAGGUACAAUGGCGGCCAGCUGGGAGGGUUGUGGGGGUGGUACAACGGCUUUCUGACAAUCAGUUAUUCACCUUCGUCGUUAAACAAGUCAUCCUUUCCCUACUGAUCUUCAACAUCAACUUCACUAUGUAAUUAUUGCCCAUAUGCGUUGGAGACAUUUUCUAGACUUUCUCUCAAGCCCAUUGUUGUGUCUCAAUAUGCCCAUACCUGCACCACACUCCCCUUUGAAAAGAAUAUGACAGGGGAACCUGGGUGGUUCGAUGAGUUAAGCGUCUGACUUGGUUCCGGCUCAGGUCGUGAUCUCACGGUUCGUGAGAUCGAGCCCUGAGUUGGGCUCUGCGCUGACAGUACAGAGCCUGCUUAGGAUUCUCUCUCCCUCUCUCUGCCUCUCCUCUGCUCACUCGCUCUCUCGCUCUUUCUCUCUCUCUCUCUCUCUCUCAAAAUAAAUAAGACUUAAAAAAAGAAAAAGAAUAUUUACAGAAAAAAAAUUCAUGAAUGUCAAUUGUAGGAUUGUAACAGAACAAUGUUUACUUUAUUGAGCCUACAUCAAAUGCACCUGAACCAGAGCUCCUGCCAUCCCAAGACCAACAAGAACCUCCUGUACCUUUCCAGGCCAGUCAGUGUCACCCCCUACCCCCCCCCUCCACACACUGUGCCAGGCAAGCUUAGUAACUGCUUAAAAUGCCACAAAAGGACGAGACUAUGUCAAGGCACAUAGAGUAGGGUGUUGCGUAUACAAGAAGAGCAUAAACAUUAAAAGCAAAUCCUCUGGUGUCUUGAAUUUCCUUUUUUUUUUCACUUUAAAAGUUAUGAGAUUGGUAAUGGGGGGUUAACUGCCUUAGAGACAAAAAAAUCGCUAUUAAAACCAACCUUUUCAACAGAAUAACCAUUAUUGCCAUCCUUGACUCCUUGUCAUUUCCUUUAUCAUCUUCGUCUUCUUUCUGUUCCUCUUUUUCUCACUUUUUCAGCCUUUACAGCCCCAUUUUAUUUUCUUACCUCAGGUCUCUGUUAGCCACAUACCCCAGAAUAUCCAUUCUGUAUUUUUCUCCAUCUGAACAACCUUAUCAUCUACUCAUUUCUCCCCGUUUCUUUGUGGCAUCUCCCGUGGAAAGGGCGGGAUAUUCCCCUUGAGUAGAAUGCGAUGCUCAGAACAAAAUAAGGAAAUGGACAAAGGGCUCCCGGAUGAAUUUAGAUCCUUAGGUGGUUUUCUAUUUAGGGGGAAAUGAGCUGUGUCUGCCUCUGCCAUGUCUUGCCCUUAGCAGAGCGUUUGGAGUAGGAGGUGCAAGCAUAUAGAUGAAGCUUCUGAUGCUCCUCCCGGCACCAUGUGGACUCUCAGUUUUAUUCCUUUGGUCUAUAUGUGUCCCCAUAUGCCAAUACCACACUGCUUUGAUUGCCGUUGCUUUGUAAUAAGUUUUGGAAUCAGCAAGGGUGUGUCCUCCCAUCUUAUUCCUUUUUUUCAAAAUUGUUUUGAUUCAUCAUGUCCCUUUGCAAUUCCACGUGAAUGCAAAGAUCGACAUUUCUCUUUCUGAGAAAGAAAGAAAGCAAG